AUGGCUGCCGCCAUCCAAACCGUCUCCGAGAGCAAGGAGCUCCGCGGGCUCAACCUGAUCGCAGCGCACUCUCAUAUUCGCGGUCUAGGGGUAGACCCAGAUACUUUGGAGCCGCGGAGCUCAUCCCAGGGACUUGUCGGGCAGGAGAAGGCGCGUAAAGCUGCGGCAGUCAUUCUGCAGAUGGUGAAGGAGGGAAAGAUUGCAGGACGGGCAGUGUUGAUUGCUGGACCUCCAAGUACCGGAAAGACAGCUAUUGCCAUGGGCAUGUCACAAGCCCUCGGCUCAGAUGUUCCCUUCACAAUGGUAGCCUCGUCCGAGAUCUUCUCCCUCGAAAUGUCCAAGACCGAAGCUCUUGAGCAAGCGUUCCGCAAAUCUAUAGGCGUACGGAUAAAAGAGGAGAGCGAGAUGAUCGAGGGAGAGGUCGUCGAGAUUCAAACUGACCGGAGUGUUACAGGAGGCACUAAGCAGGGCAAGCUCACAAUCAAGACCACAGAUAUGGAAUCUGUCUACGACAUGGGCAGCAAAAUGAUCGAUGCCAUGACUAAAGAGCGGGUAAUGGCCGGCGACAUCAUCUCCAUAGAUAAGUCCUCGGGAAAGAUUAGCAAGCUCGGCCGCUCGUUCGCCAAAUCUCGCGACUACGAUGCCAUGGGCGUCGACACAAAGUUUCUGCAGUGCCCAGACGGCGACCUGCAAAAGCGCAAGGAAGUCGUGCACACUGUAUCCCUUCACGAAAUCGAUGUCAUCAAUUCUCGCACGCAAGGUUUCUUGGCCCUUUUCUCCGGCGAUACUGGUGAGAUCCGUAGCGAAGUUCGCGACCAGAUCAACACCAAAGUAGCCGAGUGGAAGGAGGAAGGCAAGGCUGAGAUCGUACCCGGUGUCCUAUUCAUCGACGAAGUGCAUAUGCUGGAUAUUGAGUGCUUUUCAUUCAUCAAUCGCGCGCUCGAGGACGAGCUGGCUCCCAUCGUCAUCAUGGCGUCCAACAGAGGCAACUCUCGCAUCCGCGGCACCAACUACAGAAGUCCCCACGGUCUCCCGCUGGAUUUCCUCGAUCGCGUAGUCAUCGUCAGCACACACGCCUACAACACGGAAGAGAUCCAGCAAAUACUCUCCAUUCGCGCCCAAGAAGAAGAGGUCGAGGUCACGCCCGACGCUCUGGCCCUCCUCACCAAAAUCGGCCAAGAGACCGGCCUUCGCUACGCGAGCAAUCUCAUCACGACCAGCCAACUCAUCUCGGCGAAGCGAAAGGCGAAGCAGGUCACGAUUGAGGAUGUACAGCGUAGUUUCCAGCUCUUCUACGAUAGCGGGCGGAGCGUAAAGUUCGUGAGUGAGUUUGAGAAACGGCUGAUUGGGGAUUCGGGGGCAGUGAACCUUUCUUUUACAAAUGGGCACGGGGAUGCGAUGGAGCUUUCGUGA